UUGCACGCCCACACCGGCAUCCGCACACAGUCUGAUUCAAGUGCGGAGGCCUGCUGGCAGAACGAUUGCACAGUCCAGGGUCAGGAUACUGCUGUCCUUCGUUGAGGUCGUACAUGCUGGAGUAUGAAUGCCUUGCCAACGUCAGUCAUUUUCUACCACGCCGCCUUCUGCCGUUACAUCACCCAGAUCGCUUUGACAAUUGGUUCGCACCUUUGGUUGGGGUCCGAACCAUGUAGCGCCCAUGCAAGUAUCGUUGCCACUUCCGCUCAGACACAGCAAGAACACCCAAGAGGCAGACCACUGGCCACGAAAAAGGCACUCACCUGGGACUAAAUUUCCAGAAUACGUCAAACUUGUAGACGUGAAGUUUACUUCCAUUCCAGCGAGCCAGAGGCCUCACUCUUAUGCUUUCGGCUCACAGCCUUCGACCAGCACGCAACAUCACAUCAAUAUAUCACUACAGGUAUACGUCAGACGUCCUGUGAUCUCGUGGCGACCUCCGACACGUCGCUCUCAUACUCAUUUUACGAGCUCCCUGCCAACCGCAUCUACGCGGCUCCGACACCGCACGCUCGCGCCAUGUCUGCCUCCUCUCGUUUGCCAGACCGCGUCACGCCACCAGAGGCUCGCUGAGCAGUGCCGAUGUUCGCUGAUCCAGUUGUUGCAAUGUUGCGUGUAUAUUUGCUUCUGCGGCGAGGUACGGCCGGGGGUUUCCGCCGCCGAGGGUAAGCGGCGUAGGGCUGAGCGUUCACCGGUGUGGGGUUGGGGUUGAUCUACAGGGCUGCGUACGUCACAUACUAUGUCUGCCUGGUGUUUUGAGCAUCGUAACGGCUUCGGUACAAUUAACCCUGGGUCUAGGUCUGGAUGUGGUGACCGUGCAAAGUAGUCCGCACUGAGCCUGUUGUAGUCCUUACAACAUGCAAUACACGUAUGACAGAUCAUGAAGUGUGCAGACUCUCGGCGUAUAUCAAGUGACUUCUGAGCUCUAUAACUCAUCGAAAACA